AUGGAGCAAACACUAACAGAAUUGUUAAACAAAGCGGCUUCUCAAGAUCCGGAUCUGGUGGUCACAGCUGGUCAACAGCUGCUAUUGCUGACGUCCACAAAUGACGAGGCGAAAAAUCCUGUAUAUGUUACCUUGGCUAAAGUAGUAUUCAGUUCUGCAGAUGCCACGCAACUCACUAUAGACGGUCAGUUCAUCGGUUUGAUUCACCUCAAAAAUGUGCUUUUCGACUCGCGUAUUUGGCAGAGUUUGACACAAGCUGAGCGUGAGCAUAUCAAGCAACAAAUUCUAAACUUCUUGGCUAGUGGGCGCCAACCGUUACAACACUUGAAUAAUGUGGAACAGACUCCUCGUGUUGGAUCCUGUGUUUCAGAACUUGUUGCACGUUUUGUCCGCAAUGAAUGGCUCAAGGAAGGUUGGUCGGAUGUGCUCUGGCAACAGCUGAUUGAUUGUUUCGCCUGGACCUCCUUGAGGUUGGCGGUUCGCGCUGCAGCCAGCUUUCGUCUUCCAGCCAGAAGGAAGGAAUUCCUUGAAGAUCGUGUUGUACUUGCCGGCCAGUUGUUUGAAACAUCUUUCACAAUUCUCGAAAAACUGUUUUGUGACUUUCCUAGUGACAAACAAGAACGAUUCGGUCCCGCAGUUUUGACCCGGCGUGUAGCAAAAUUGAGCCUGGCAAUCUUUAUGGCGUGUGCACCAAGUGUCCGGGGACAAUACGCACCAACCAUCAUGUCUCAGAUCAAUAACCAAUUAUCAUCCACCAAAACGUCAGCGGGACUGGACGAAAAGUCAUCUAAAUGGUUACUUGCUCUUAUCUACAGCAUUCUACCAUGCUGCACAAUGUCCGAGCCACUUUUGGACAUGAACGAAGAUGGCAUCUCCACACUGUGCUCUUGGUUAUUCUCUGCGGAUGCCGAGAAAUCACACAAUCACAUAGCUGAACUACUUUUGACGAUUGUACAUCGAUUCCUACCCUUGUCUGAUGGAGAGGUAGUAAACCUCAUCGAACGCACAGAAGAGUGUCUUUCAACCGGUGGAUCCACUGGUGAUGGCGGUGGUGAAAACGGAAGCGGGAAUCCAACAAAUGCCGCAUGCAUUUGGGAUGUAGAUGGACAGACACGAGAACUUCUCAGGACAGAUUUGCGAUCUAUUCUUGGACUGCAUGGAUCCGAGCAACAGAUACAGGCAUUUGGUCGUCAACUGGCAGAGCUCAUUUGCACGCAGUGUGUCGCCUCGCACGAUGACCAGUUCAGUGAGGUUUUCCUCCAGCUAAUUUCAGCUGGUGUGGAAUUUCUCAAGAAACACUCUGCUUCUGCCCACCAGGAUGUAUCGAUGACUCCAUCUGUUCGAUACGGCUUACCCCUAUUACUUACUCGAAUUUUGACAUUGUCGGUCAGAUGUGCAAUCUACUGCGAUUCGUCUGGAUAUUCCUCUUGGUGUUGCGAAGCGACCGCCCAGCUGGUUCAAUUCCUUGGAACUAGUCCGCCAUUUGCAAUCGAACCUAAAGCGAUGUUGUGUGUGCGAUUGGCCGCAGCGAACUCUCUGUCAUGGCUUCUCGGUCAGCCGUUGUUUCCUUCGGAAAGCGUCGCACCUCACUUGCACGCCCUGUUUGCCAACCUGGUACAAUUGAUUCAAUCGAGUUACCGGUCAGUCUCUUCCGAAGCCAGUCAUCCCAGCGAAGUUGAACCGCAACAGCUAGGAGUUCAGAUCAACGGCCACUUCAUGAACAACCAGUGUGUGUUCCCCAUUUUUUGUGUACGUCUUCAUCAUCCUCAUCAUCAUGCUGUCAAAAGUUCCUCUUCGCUUUCACCAUCCACAGAUCAACGCAGUACUGCUUUGCGUGCCAACAUUCUGGAUGCAAUCAGUUUGUUGCUGCUCGCCCUGAAUGCGGCCGAUGAAACAGAUCCACAGCUGAUUCAGUUCCGCGACAAUCUCCAAGCCCCCAUCGUGACCUUGAUAUUGACGGCUGUGCAAGAGUGUGAUGCAUUCGGUACCGAGGCCCUUCUCGACCCGUGUCUUCGAUUGUGGCUCAGUGCUGUCACUGGUGAGGGUGCUCGUUGGUCCCCGGCUUUGGAGUGUUUGAUGCCCGCACUCGUUGGUUCUACAGGCGCCUUGAAUUCCGGAGGUGACCACCCCAAAUGCCGGCCAUCGAAACAUUUACUACACCGUGUUGAUACCGCUGAACAAGCUGAGCUUGUGUUUCGCAUCGCCGAGGGUUCCUUACUCCUUGUAUGCAGCCAUUCAGACCGUGAUCAGGUGGUGAACUUCCUACAUCGUUGGACUGAACCAUUUUGGUGUGCAGUUCUGCAAGAAACCACAGGCAUAGAUGGCCAGGACUUGGAGUCUUUAUACUCGACGGCUAAUGCUCUCGGUGAUGACGAAAGUCCGGAUAACGAAUCUCAGUGUCGAAUCAAACUGUUACACCUCCUCACCUUGUGGCUAUCAGUCUAUGUAGACUUGGUGCCAGACGGAACUGGUCAGCUCACUCCAAGUCUGUUCGGCCUAAUGGCACAUUCAGCACGAGCUUGCCUCAAACGCGCUCCGAUCAAUAUGCACGAAGACGUGUGCCCACGGGCCACUCAAAUGCGUCUAGGCUUAUUGGCGCGAUUGGCCAUCUGUCCUGGUUACUGGAAUGUUUUUCUCCAUUUGGUGCAGUUGGCGCUGGUACCGCCAUCCAAAGACAAUUCUCUUCAACUACCGACUACAACAAAUCUCAAUGUCCCUGCUCCCAAUGAAUCGGAUCAUUGUCAACUUGUUGGCGUUUGUCUGACACGUUGGUUGGCUCGCGCCGACUCGGUCAACGGCCCUAUGGAUAGACGGUGUUUCGCACUGUCCUGUCUCAUGGCUCUCCGGUUUUGUGCUCAGAGCAGCGCGACUCUGUUGACUGAUAUUUCCGCUGUUGAUGCGACUGUGCUAGACACCUGGGCCGCUUCGAACACGCUAAAUGCGAACUGGCUUGAACCCGUGGUUAACCUCUGCAUUCAGGUCUUGUUCGACGAAGACCGUGGUCCCGCAUCCUACACCGAUAGCUCACGAUUCCCGCAUCCCCAGUUGGUAUCCACUCGGUCGUCCCUUGUUCAUCAGCUGUUGUCCGAAUUUGCCUCUUGGCAGGAGGGUGUUGGGGGUCCAUUAUCAGCCGAUGCUUUAUUUCGCUGUCACGUGGAUCCGGUCCUUCGUGCCCAAUUAGAUACGCAACUUUCGGGCUACCAGCGCUAACUGCCAGCUGAUUCCCGGUCCAUUGUUGUCAUUUAUGCUGUUUACUGUGGCUUUCGUUCCAGAACCAUGUGCUUGACCUGACGGGUUGUACAGAAAAUCCGAC